CAGACUGAUAAACGAUAACAAGUCGAUGUUCUUCAACUUCGGUGAAGAAUUUCCUCGUAACUAGUUAGUCGCCUGUCGAACAGUUGUCGAGCUUUAAUCGACAAAAAAGAUUUUUCAUCUCCCUUUAUUAAUUAACAAUUGACAAAAAUGUACGCUUUAUUCAUACCAAAAAGUUUGCGGAUUUGUUUUCGAUCACAGGGACUGAGAUUUACCUCAACAACAAGUGGCAUUUGGCUGCCUCAGAAACAACCAGGCUACAGACUGGAUUUACGCCGCGAAGUGCAAACCGCGGAUAAACCGCGUCGUGCACAAUUUACUGAGCGCAGUCAGUUGAAAUAUGCACGACGUUUAGUGGUGAAACUUGGCUCAGCAGUUAUCACCCGUGAAGAUGGACAAGGAAUUGCUUUAGGACGUUUGGCAUCGAUUGUUGAACAAGUUGCUGAAAGACAGAUUGAGGGUCGUGAGUGCAUAAUGGUGAGCAGUGGUGCAGUUGCAUUUGGAAAGCAAAAACUUACUCAAGAACUGCUAAUGUCGAUGUCAAUGAGGGAGACCCUGAGCGUCACCGAUCACACGCGAGAACAAGUAGGAACCCUGUUGGAACCUCGCGCAGCAGCUGCAGUGGGUCAAUCAGGUCUCAUGUCCCUGUACGAUGCCAUGUUCGCCCAGUACGGUGUAAAGAUCGCUCAAGUCCUAGUGACAAAACCUGAUUUUUACAACGAAGAGACCCGAAAAAAUCUCUUCAGCACAUUAAGCGAGCUCAUAAGCCUCAACAUAGUCCCAAUCAUAAACACAAAUGACGCCGUCUCGCCGCCGCUCCUGGCAGAUGAAGAAAUGAAAGACAGAAGUGAUCGUCGGGGUAUUUCAAUAAACGACAAUGAUUCCUUAGCGGCAAUGCUAGCAGCAGAGGUCCAGGCUGACCUCUUGAUCCUCAUGAGUGAUGUUGAUGGAAUUUACAAUUUACCCCCUUGGCACGACGGUGCAAAGAUGCUCCAUACAUUCACCUCUGACCACCGAGGAACAAUAAAAUUUGGUCAAAAAUCAAAAGUAGGUACAGGAGGUAUGGAUUCCAAGGUGAACGCUGCCCUGUGGGCCUUAGAUCGUGCAGUAUCAGUGAUUAUUUGCAACGGAUCCCAGGAACAGGCGAUAAAAAAUAUAAUGGCAGGUAGAAAAAUUGGUACUCUCUUCACAGAGUCAUCGAGCUCAUCUCAGCCCGUUGAGGUUGCUGCUGAAAAUGCUAGAAUAGGUAGCAGAAUUCUUCAGUCACUGACACCAGAAGAUCGAGCCCGAGCUAUCGAUAAUCUGGCAGAUCUACUUCAAUCGAGACAGUCAGAGAUAUUAGCCGCUAAUUCCAAAGACCUUGAGGAAGCUGAAAAAUUAGGACUUGAGAAGCCCCUGCUAAGCCGACUCGCUCUCACCCCGUCGAAACUCGAAUCUCUCAGUGCUGGACUCCACCAGAUUGCUGCUAGUUCUCUGAAGAAUGUGGGAAGAGUUUUAAGAAGAACUAAAAUAUCCGAAGGUCUCGAACUGAAACAAAUAACAGUCCCCAUUGGAGUUCUGCUUGUCAUUUUUGAAUCACGCCCAGAUAGUUUGCCCCAGGUAGCUGCAUUAGCCAUGGCUAGUGCUAAUGGUUUGUUAUUAAAAGGUGGAAAAGAAGCGAUGCACAGUAAUCGACUUCUAAUGGAACUGGUGAAAGAAUCCCUCCAGUCCGUUGGCGCAUCGCACGCAAUUUCAUUGGUUUCCACACGAGAAGAGAUAGGAGAUCUACUAUCUAUGGAGAAACAUAUCGAUUUAAUCAUUCCUCGGGGAAGCUCGACGCUUGUUAGAUCCAUUCAAGAGCAGUCAAAGCAUAUCCCGGUGUUGGGACAUUCCGAAGGAAUUUGUCAUGUCUAUGUAGACAAGGAUGCGGAUCUUAAGAAAGCCGUGGACAUCGUUAGGGACUCCAAGUGUGAUUAUCCGGCAGCCUGCAAUGCCAUGGAAACGCUUUUGAUUCAUGAGAGCCUUCUCCAGGGAAGCUUCUUCACUGAUGUCUGCAAUAUGCUGCAAAAGGAAGGAGUGAAAAUAAAUUCGGGUAUAAAAUUACGAGAGAAGUUGACGUUUGGGCCGCCUCCAGCCAAGAGCAUGAGGACUGAGUAUGGGGCCCUGGAGUGUACUAUUGAAGUGGUGCCAAAUUUGGAAGAGGCGAUCAAUCAUAUUCAUAAAUAUGGAAGCUCACAUACUGAUGUUAUCGUAACAGAAGAUUGGGAAGCGGCUGGGCAUUUUCAAAGGGAAGUGGAUAGUGCCUGUGUCUUUCAUAAUGCCAGCUCCAGAUUUGCCGAUGGGUAUCGAUUCGGACUCGGUGCUGAGGUCGGUAUUUCGACAACUAGAAUUCAUGCAAGGGGCCCUGUUGGUGUCGAUGGACUUCUCACGACGAAAUGGGUGCUUCAUGGAGAGGGACACACAGUCAAAGAUUUCGCUGAGGGAGGACCAUGUACAUAUAUCCAUGAAUCUCUUCCCAUCGAAUGAAAGAAAUUUCAAACUUCACGCCAUUCAAAUGCUACAUUAGCUCCAUUUUAUUGAGCUUAAUUUUUUACCGGAACCGAUAUAAUAACCCAUAUUUGAGACUAAAUCGGAAAUUAUAUUCUGCGCUCGACGACGAUUUUGUGAUUUUCACAUUUUAUUGAAGAUUAAUGCCAAAGAAAAAGGGUGUGAAUUAUAAUGAAACAAGUCGGCAAGUAUUCGAAUUAGAUUUGUAUUAUUAAACGAUGUUCGAAGGAAAUUAAUAAAAAAUAUAUUAAAAUCGA